CGCAAAUCCAAGCUCUGGUCUUUGCUUGGAGUUGCUCGUGCUCGCUGGUAGGGAACGUGGUGGAUGUCGUGCGUCAUGGCUGCGUUUAGGGUUCCCUGGGGUCUAUCCCUGCGCCAUACGUUCUAUGCCCAGCGUGUGUAUAUCACAUGUAUGUAAAAUCUCUUGUAGAUGUUCGCUCGGAUGUAUGCAUAGUUGCUUCACCCUGGGCACGUUGCUCCCUGUGGCAUAUUCGGAAAAAGAAACUCUCGCGAGGCGGGACGCAAGAUCGUCGUUCCUUCACUUGGCCGUGCGCCG